UCUCCCGCAAGCCGGUGUUCAUUCUUUAACUUCUUGUUACUAUUCUCUAUUCAUUCUAUCCUCAACCAACCCACCUUCACCAUGCGUUUCUCAACCAUCUUGCCCAUCCUGCUUGCAGCCGGUGUAGCUCAAGCCCAGUUCGGAGGAGGAAAUGGCGGAAAUAAUGGCGGCAACAACGGUCAGAACAAUGGUCAGAACAACGGGCAGAACAAUGGCCAGAACAACGGUCAGAAUAACGGACAAAACAACGGCCAGAACAACGGUCAGAACAACAACGGCCAGAACAACAAUGGCCAGAACAACAAUGGCGGCGGCGGCAACCUUGCACUCAACCCGGCCAACGUUCAGCAAAACAGCAACAAUGACGGUCUUGCCGACGCUGAGGAGGGACAAGCUGCUUCCGCAACUGAUGGCGCCAACUUCAUCAACUUCUGCACGGGCAAAACACUUACCAACGGUCUCCAGACCAAGGGUGGCUCUUGCAACGGCAUUCCCAUGGGUGACAUUCCCGGUGUUCAGAACAUGGUAUCUGCAAUCAUGAUCAACCCCAAGAACGGCGACAACGUCCAGGCCAACCAAGCCAUCAACUUCCAGGUCCAGAUCGCCAACUUGGAAGCUGGAUCAUUCACCAACCCCGACAACACUUACUAUGCUGCUCCCCAGGCCCUCCAAAAUGGAAAGGUUGUUGGCCACACCCAUUUCACUGUUCAAGAUCUUGGUGGCAACAUCAACCCUACUCAGCCUCUGAACGCCCAGGAGUUCGUCUUCUUCAAGGGUGUCAAUGACAACGGUAAUGGCAACGGUCUUCUUUCCGCCAAUCUCGCGGAGGGUCUCCCCGACGGUAACUACCGCGUAUGCACUAUGACAUCGGCCUCCAACCAUCAGUUCGUUACUAUGCCUGUUGCUCAACGUGGUGCCCAAGAUGACUGCGUCCGUUUCACUGUUGGUGGUAACGGUGGCAACAAUGGAGGUAACAACGGCGGUAACAACGGCCAGAACAACGGCGGUCAAAACAACGGUCAAAACAAUGGCCAGAACAACGGCCAACAAGGCGGUCAGGGACAGCAAGGAGGCCAGGGACAGCAAGGUGGACAAGGACAACAGGGUGGACAGGGUCAGCAGGGUGGACAGGGUCAACAAGGAGGACAGGGCGGUGGCCGCCGAGGACGUGGUCGUGGUCGUUUCGGUCGCAAAAGAUUCGCUCUUCGUGACUUCGUUGCUUAG